CUCAGGUAGUUGAGGCUUUAGUAUUUUAAUAUAUAAAUAAUAAACGAUAACGAAUAAAAAUCCUCUCGCUCCAUCGUCUCCCUCUCUGUCGCUCGCUCAUCACGCGCACGCUAUGGUGGCCUUAUCGUCGAGCUUUCUGUCUUCCUCCCCCCUCACUGCUCCUGUUCUCCACCUCGGUUCGCGAUUCGACGUCACGAGGACGGCGGCUACCAAAACGGCCGUAGAUGACGCCGGGGGUUUCGCUAGGGUAUUGAGGUGCGCAGUCGGCCCUCGGCCCAGGAAGGCGUCCGGCGCUCCUCGCCCUCCUACGACUACUCGUUCAACUGCGACUUCGCCCCGCUUUCGCUCGACUCCCAAGCGCGCCCCGGUAGCGGCUGCCCCCGCGGCCGGUGCUCCACCGAAGAAGCGGCACUGGAAGGAGGGGGAGUUCCCAGGGAUCUCCGAGAGCUCCGUCUCUCGGCGGCCGCGGACGCCCAUCAAGAACCUCAAGAAGAAGGCGGACGACCGCGCCACCGCCAAGGCCUGGGCCUGCACCGUCACCGAGGCCCUCGCGGAUCGGAUCCAGAAGAAGCAGUGGCAGGAGGCGCUCGAGGUCUUUGAUAUGCUCAAGGAGCAAUCCUUUUACUCUCCAAAGGAAGGCACAUAUAUGAAACUCCUCCUCCUCCUUGGAAAAUCAGGUCAGCCCAUUCAGGUGCAGAAACUCUUUAACACUAUGGAGGAAGAAGGUUGUCAACCCACUUCUGAGCUAUACACAGCAUUGCUUGCGGCUUACUGUAGGAGCAACCUACUGGAUGAAGCAUUUUCUGUCCUAGUCAAGAUGAAGACGUUGCCCCAUUGCCAACCAGAUGUCUAUACAUACAGUACACUCAUAAAGGCUUGUGUUGAGGCAUCUAGAUUCGAUCUGGUUGAUUCUCUGUAUCAAGACAUGUCAGAGCACUUGAUAACCCCAAAUACUGUUACCCAAAACAUAGUUCUCAGUGGCUAUGGAAAGGCUGGCAAAUUUGAUGAGAUGGAGAAAGUUCUCUCUGGGAUGCUGGAAAGUACAACUUGCAAACCUGACGUCUGGACUAUGAAUAUCAUCCUAAGCCUAUUUGGAAAUGUGGGUCAGGUUGACAUGAUGGAAAAAUGGUAUGAGAAGUUCCGUAGCUUUGGAAUCGAACCAGAGACACGUACUUUUAACAUUUUGAUCGGUGCUUAUGGAAAGAGACGGAUGUAUGAUAAGAUGACAUCAGUUAUGGAAUACAUGCGGAAGUUAGCAUUUCCGUGGACCACCUCCACUUAUAACAAUGUGAUUGAGGCCUUUGCAGAUGUCGGGGAUGCAAAAAAUAUGGAGUACGCUUUCAAUCAGAUGCGAGCCGAGGGGAUGAAAGCUGAUACUAAGACUUUCUGCUGCCUGCUUAAUGGCUUCAGCAUUGCAGGUCUCUUUCACAAGGUAGUGAGUACUGUUCAGCUAGCUGAGAGGCUGGAGGUACCAACUAACACAUCUUUCUACAAUGCUGUCAUCUCCGCGUGCGCUAAAGCGGGUGAUCUUCUGGAGAUGGAGAGAGUUUUCAAGCAUAUGAAUGAGAGGCAUUGUGCUCCAGAUACUGUCACAUAUCACAUCUUGGUUGAAGCAUACAGGAAGGAAGGAAUGACUGAUAAGAUUUAUGAUCUGAAGCAGGAAAAUCCAGGUAUGGUUGAACUUGAGCUUGUAACUCCAUGAAAAUGCUUCAGUAUGCAGGAAAGCUGUCGAAGAUUCAGUAAUGCCUUCUUUUCGGCAACGAUGAACAAAGUUAUCUGACGAUGCAUCAUUGCAAAGAUGGGUGGCUAACUUCUUAUUUAAGAAGACUUGACUGGAGAGCAAGAUAUCGUUUUGUUUGCUCGAUAAUUUGACCCUCACAGCCCCAUUUUGCCAUGCCAAAGCAACCAAGGAGCAAGAUCGUAACACACCGAGGGGACUCGAUGACUGUGCAUGCAGCCUCCCACUGUUAUUUUAUCGCAGAAUGCAUCUAUUUAAUUAUCAAUGACAUUUCAGCAGAGUUCUGCAUUUGCUUUGGUACUUUCUUGUUUAUUAUCUGACAGUUUUAAGGUUCUCCAUGUUCAUUCUAUCUGGACAAUUUUGGUAAGUUUUACUGAUUAUGGUUGAUUCUUUU